CCGCGCCGAGUCGACAGGGGAUAAAAGCCGUUCUCCCGGCUCGGGGAGCCACAGAGUCCGCUCCGCCAGCCCUCCCGCCAGCCGUCCAGCUCCAGCCACCGCCGCCGCGACUCCCCGAGCUGAGCCCCAUGGCCCGCACCGCGCCCCGCGCUCCCCGGCUCCUCGGCGCCGCGCUGCUGCUCCUGCUCCUGGUCCCCGCCGCCCGGCGCGCCGCAGGGGCGCCCGUCGUCACCGAGCUGCGCUGCCAGUGCCUGCAGACCGUGCAGGGCAUUCACCUCAAGAACAUCCAGAGCGUCAAGGUGACGCAGUCGGGCCCCCACUGCGCCCACACCGAAGUCAUAGCCACUCUCAAGAACGGACACGAAGCCUGUCUCAACCCCGAAGCCCCCAUGGUCAAGAGAAUCAUCGAAAAGAUGCUAAGCAAAGUCACAUUGGAAGAUGGGAAAUUAAUUUGUUUGGAUCCUAACGCUGAAUGGGUGAUGAUUAUUAUCAAAAAGAUUAUCAACAGUGCCCCUAACUGAUGGUCACACAAGGAACAUCACAUCCUGUGGAUAUCAGAAGCCCUCAGUAUCAUCGUGAGCUUGGACAUCCUCCAGAGGUUUCUUUCAGAGUAGCAUCAAGUUAUGCUAAUUUCUGACUAAAAUGAACUGCCUUCUUUACUUAUUCUGACAACCUAAACAUUAUUUUCAGGCAGGUGGUUGGCUACUUGUGAGGGAAUAAUGGAAGGGAGGGUUAUGAAAUUUCCAUUAUGUUGUAAGAAUACUCUCUAAACUCAUAUAGUAGGUUAGAGGUUUCCUAGUUAGGCUCACUACAUUUUAGUAGAGUCCACCUUUUCCAUGCUGUGCCCUACCAGUUAACUUCCUAAGGCACUCUGGCAUUUGAUCACUGCUUUUCACUUGACCCUAUCCUUUGAUAUUAUUCCUAAUGACAUCAACAUUUUUCUUGAUUAACUUGUCAACACUCUGGCCUUUUAAUUGCUUGAACUUUUAAGUUCCAAAGGCUUUAACUUGCUCCCCAUUUUAGUCAUCCACAACCUUGGAUCUCAGUAUAAAUAAGGUUGUUUAUCUACAGUUGUCAAAACUUCAAUGCUUCUUUUACAGGAAUUUUUCAUUCAUUAUAAGAUCUAUGCAUUUAAUGAGAAGAAAAUGGGGUUCAUACAGUUGUAUGAUAGACUGGUCUUAAAUUUUAAGAAUUUACUCUUAAAUAAAGCAAACCUGAUAGAUAACCUCAGCCAAGAGUAGAGGCAACCCACCGUAGGAAACUGUAAAGUCGUCAGGUUGGAAGAGGAAGGGAAGGAAAUUUAAGACCAUUGAGACCCAAGGAAGAUCAUGAGGAUGAUGCCUCGGAAAGAUGAAAUAGAAAAUGCAGAACUAAGGCUGUGUUUUAACCAUUUAACUUCUUUUAGGUAGAAUUUCUGGAUAUGCAACACCAUAUUGAGAGAAUAUAUAUGUAUAUAAUUUUUUUUAUCAUUCUGAAAAUAAAAAUGUUUUAACAGA